UGGGGAUGUAGCCGAUGGCGUCUUCAACCGCGAGCAGCGAAGACAGAACCGUUACGGUGCUCUGCUGCUGGUUGUUGACCGCAUGGGUGAUGAGUGCGCGUGUGGCGUCGUCCAUUGCGUUGCGGCACCGUAGCUUCGGCUUGUUUUGGCCGGGGAUUUCGGAUGGGAGCGUGCGGUUUGUGAAAUUCGUUACAAGGGGCGCGUUUGAUCGGCGGUAGUCUAGCACACAGCGACGAGGGCGGGCAACGCGGACGUCCUUCGACAGGCUCAGGAUGAACGGGUUGGGGGUACCGGGAGCGGGUUUGAGGGUACGG